CUUUUGACGAAAGGGCAGAUGAAAACCCGGCAAGACCGAAAAAGGACAACAAGAAAGCGAGAAUCUCAAUAGUAAAAGCACAAAAAAUCCAUGAGAUGAGGAAGCCUGCAGUAUCGACCGUGACGCAAAUCAACCCUUUGGCGAACCCCAAAGGUGUGAAGCUUCUCUGUGAGCUUUGUGGGAAGCCAGCAUAUCUGCGAUGUGAUGGGUGUCGAGUAACAUACUACUGCGACAAAGAGCAUCAAGUAUCAGAUUGGAAAAGCAUCCAUGAGCGGGUCUGCUCGCUCCUCAUCCCUUUGAGGACCCCAGUGUCUAUCUUGGGAUCAGAGGAGGAACGUGCGCAUAGGGAGCAGCAGGUCCGGACGCGGUAUGGACAGCUGCAUGAGAUCGCGACCACCGAGGCGCACAAGAAGCUGUUUGAGGGAGAGUAUGUCUUGGCCAUCCCAGCCGCCCUCCAAUCCCUCCGAUCCGCCAUUCAGAUCCACGGCCCCGAUGCAGCGCAACUCAUCCCGUCCUACCUCCUCCUCGGCGAAUCCAGCAUUGGGCUCGGCCAGCUCUCCCAAGCGGAGGAAUAUCUAUCGCUCGCGCGAUGGGCGCUUAUGAAGCGAGCCAGCGCGCGGGCCGAGGCAGAUGGUGGCGGUGGUGGUGUAGAGCACCGCUCGGGAGAGCCAGGCGAGCCGGUGGUGGAUGUGGAAGCCAAGGCGCAGCGGAUUGAGGAUGCGGUGGUGGAAGCUUUGCUGAAUAGAAAUUUCGGACUGUUGUGGAAGGCGAAGAAGAAGUAUACGGAGGCGAGGGACUGUUUUGCUGCUGAUAUAUAUUUUUCAUCACUGGUCAAGAAUGAUCCAGAGCACGUUUCAGUGACGGGCGGAUAUUUCCAUCUGGCGACUGUCUUCCAAGCCCUCAAUCAGCUGGACACUGCCCAGUCGCUGUUUGAGCUUAUUGUUCGGAUAUGGUUUGAUACCCUGCUCAAAGUGCGCCAUGUGGAGGAGAGUGCAUCUUCACUACCAUCGACGCCAGAGGUCUCGGGUCAAGAAUAUGUGGUUGAAGAGAAUGAUACCAUCCUAGAUGAAGCUCAAGAAGCCGAAGGAAUCCAGAUGCUGACGACUAUAGUAGGAGACAGCGCGAUCGCUUCACCACAAGCAUCCGCAAAGCUACAGGAGAUCCAUGCGAAAGCGCUCCAUCUUCUUGCGAUCCUAUACGCUCGCUACGAACGCAUGGAUGACCAGAGUGUAGAGUUGAUAUCACAAGCGGAAACCGCGCAUCAGGAAACAAAUCGGGAGCCUGAAGCGAACUCAACAGAUGGACUCGCACAUGCAGCUGAAGGCCGUGAUGGUGGUGCUGGAGGUCAGGCGGGAUCAGCCAAGGCGGCUUCUCACGCUUUACUGGCGGCCAAAAAUGCAUGUGAGGUGUACGCAGCUGUAUUCGGAACAAAGCACCAUUUGACGCUUGCGGCGGUGAACAUGGCGCAGAAACUCUGAACAUCGACCAUCCUUUAUUCGAGUGAAGCUCUAUAGACCCCUUGGGAUCUUGUAUUUAGUGGCAAUGAGAUGCAACGGUACACUUCGAUAUCAACCAAGGUUGGUAUCGGUAA